AUGAGCAGAUCAAGUUCCAUGAUGCGCAUCAAACAAAGAGCCAAUUAGUUUGAACCAUUUUUAACAGUGGUUCUCGGUCUGGUUGGAAGCUAGUUUGCCUUGAACCAGUGCCAGGAUCAGUCGCAGACUCCCCCCCGUUCGAUCGUAAUUCGAUUAUCGGAGUGCAUAAAUCAGAGUUCACAGUGAAGCCGCUUCCGGAUGAGAGUACAAUUUUUUGCCGCCUACUGUGCGCAGCUUUGAUUCACGACGACCGCAUUACGCGUUCGAUCCUCGCUGGCCGAUAUUGAAAUUGAUUGGUUUUCGAAGGCUGGGGGCCAUUUUUCACGCUUUGCUCAAUUCAAUUUUCACCCACGGAUCGAUCCGAUCGAAUCAACAAUGUCGGUUACGACGGUAGGGAUUUUCUCGUUGGCCAUUAUUUUCUCAUUAACGGCCCGAGGGCAAAAGAUUGAUUUCGAGUCGAGCUCGAGCCUGGCAGACAACGGCAGGACAACCCGCAGCCUCGGCGAUGAUGAUAAAUUAAAAGUGACCGUUUAUUACGAAACGCUCUGUCCGGAUAGUGUGUCAUUUAUUACGUACCAGUUGGUGCCGGCGUGGGGCCGAUACAGGAACCAGAUGGACCUGAAGCUAGUUCCCUUCGGGAAGUCUUACAUCGAUGAGUCCAAUCCAUCUCGGCCGGUCUACCAUUGCCAGCACGGUAGAAGGGAGUGUACUUUGAAUAUCCUGCACGGGUGCAUUCUGGAUAAAUUGCCCUUUGAUAAAGCCUUUCCCGUCGUUGGAUGUUUGAUGCAAAGUAUGCGAUCCUCGUUCGAUCAGUGCAUCGUUCCUAAUGUAGCCGAAAGAAAUGACAUUCAAGAGUGUGCUCGUGGUUCGCGAGGAGCCAGCUUGUACAAGCAAUUUUCGGAUGAUACAAAUCAGGUUGCAACGCCCCUCUCGUUUGUUCCCACCAUCGUAGUAAAUGGGGCUUAUGACAUUUUCGAACAGGAUCAAUGGUUGUAUCGAUUCGAUCGUACCUUCCGCCAGGAGUAUGAAAAAGUGUUCAAUCGUACAUUGUGAGAAGCGUUUUACACAAAUUCGACGGAAAUUCUUUUGUUUUGCAUUUUUUUGUAGAUUAUUGCAGGUAUUCUAUACAAGAAAUAUAUACAAUUGUUUUAGUUCGUGUAAA